AUAUGUUUUAUAUUUUUUAGCCCUUGAAAGUUAAAACGAAGUAUUUUUCGCUACACCAAAUAGCAUUUAGCAAUAUACUGUUAACCUCGCAAUUACUGAGGGCGAAAUUUACUAGGCGGCCUGUUCUACGGUUUAUUAUAAAUAUGUUGUCACAUUCGAUGGUUAGGUCGUUUCUGGCACGCCCGGCCGUGCUCAAGAGACUGGCUGCAAACAGCUCAACUGCGGCUGUAUUCCAAGCUGAACCCAAACCUCCAGUACAGGGAGUUAUGCAAGUACGUGAGGACAGGAUCGUAGGUCGUGAUAUCGUCGGUUAUGGUAUCAACGGUGAUCCAAUGUACUUCGACAACAUCACCUGGCCGUUCCCCAGUGUGAGAUUCAAGAAAAAUACACCAGAAAUUUUGGCUUUGCGUGAAAAAGAAAAAGGCGAUUGGAAAAAGUUAACUUUGGAAGAAAAGAAAAACCUUUACAGAGCUAGCUUUUGUCAGACUUUGGUAGAAUUUGAGGCACCUACUGGAGAAUGGAAAGCCGUAUUCGGCUGGCUUAUGAUCUGGACUUCGGUGGCUCUUUUUUCAUUUGUUGGAGUUCGGAAAUUCCUGACCAACAGUGCUGACGAUCCUUCACUGUCACUUGAAUCUCGUCAAGCCCAACUGAAACGUAUGAUACAAUUACGUGUCGACCCGAUUGACGGUUUAUCGUCCAAUUGGGACUAUGAAAAGAACACAUGGAAGAAGUAGUUGUUUUAUGUUUUGUAUUAUAAUUUUGUUUUAUAAACAUUUAAGCCAUGAUGUUAGGUAAUUGUGAGAGUAAUAAUAUAAUAACAUCCUACAUAUGCAGUGUUAUCAGUCAAUAUAAUUUUCUCAUAGAAAUAAAAAUGUACAAGUUUUGAUAUAGUA